UUCGGCUUUGUUCGGGGCUCCCAUCCCGAGGAAACCACGUGUUCGUGUCUGUUCUUCUACACUCAUGGGAGACCCGCUGGGCGCGUGAAAACCCACAACUGGUGACCCCGACGUGAUUCAUGUUUCUGAGCGCGUCUCUUGGUACCCUCUUACUCACUCAGCGGAAGAGCCUACUGCAACUCAGGGCCGGUCGUCAGGACUAGACGAAGUACCCUCCCAAAACAUUACCGCGAUCCAUCAUCAACAGCUGCCUCUCGUCAUUUUUCAACAGUCCCUCCCCCUACGUCAAGACCUCCAGUUUACUAUCGACGGCUUCCAGACCCCACGUGGAAAGGUCCUGCAGAGCUUAUCACCUGGGGGAGAGGCUACGUUGCGGUAGAUGAUCAUGGCAAAAUCAUUUGGACUCCAGCUCGCUGUGUUCGCCCUUAUUUGGUUCAAUCUUCACCAUCCUAACCAGACGUUGGACGACCAUGGACCCUGGGCCCACAACUCUUUUAUGAAAGAUGUGCAGAAUAUUUCUCGUCUUUGGAACAAGACUGAGUGUUGGAUGUGCAUGCAUAUCCCAACCUUGGAGGAGGGGGGACUUUUUAUUCAUGCGGUGCCUUUUAAUACAACUGGUUGGAAACAAUUUCCCUGGUCUAGAGGGACCCUUUCCAAUGCUAUGGUGAAUUAUACGGUAUACACAAUAGGAAGCAGAAUCCAGGAAAAGGCAGCGUUUUGUUGGGAAUAUAAGAACACCUCUAAAAACUCUGUUUUAGUAGGCAGAUACCCAUAUUGUGACAUCACAUUUCAACUUUCAAACAACAUGACUAGACCACAUCCCUUUAAGAAAAUUCCUCUUUUUGAAUCCCUUGAUGAUUUUUCUGAAUAUAUGUGUACCUAUCAAAUAACCGGAUGCUCGCUAUCAACAGGAUGUCACCCCGGCAACACGGACACGAUGUCCACACUCUUCCUUUGCAGUCUUGUAAGAGCCAUGGUUCGCCAAACUGUGCAAAGCUCCAGCAUGACUACAAAUAUAUUAAGUAACGUCUGGAUGCUUUGUGGCCGGCGGGCAUAUCAACGUAUACCUCCACAGUGGUCUGGCCGUUGUACGUUGGGCUUUCUUGCUCCCUCAGUUUUUGUGUCAGAUCAGCCACCUUCAGGCCGUUUGCGCAAUCGAAGAGAUCUUGAAAAUGGCCUGGGAGGACCCGGCAAUACAGGAACGCAAGUUGCACGAUCUAUUAUUCCAUCUCUGGGGGUAGCCAUGAAUUACAGAGACAUCUAUGCAUUAAAUAACUGGACUAGGCACAUGUUCAACGCUACCAUUCAGACUACCAAAUUGUUAAACAAGGAAGUGGCAGAAAUACGAGAGAUUGUUCUGCAAAAUCGUUAUGCUUUGGACAUUAUCCUUGCCUCGAAAGGAGUAUGUGCCUUAAUCCAUUCUCAUUGUUGUGUUUAUAUCUCUGAUUAUAAAGCCAAUAUCACAGGUACCAUUGAGCAUAUGGAAGACAUGGUUCGUCAUAAUCCGUUACAAUCCGACGGAUCUGGCGCAAUAAACAUUUGGGAUGCCCUAUGGUCUUGGCUACCCGAUGGAACCUGGCUGCGAUCAUUGGUUUCUGGUAUUAUAACUAUUGUGGUUAUUUUAGUUUUGGUAUGUUGUUGUAUUCAAUGUUUGCCCUCUUUGUUUAUGAUGUUUAAAAAUUUUCCCUCAGGAACUGUCACCCAUCAACAGGUCAAUUUAGUAACUACACCUAUCACUGCAGUUCAGCAACCCCUGCUAACCAAAUCGGCCUUCACCUUGCCAAGCGACACUGAGGAUGACUUCAUAUAAAGCGCUCCCUCCUUAUUUUUAAAUAAAACAGAAAAGGAGGAGAUGUUGGAGUUAUUGGAUUAUCUGGCCUGCUAGGCUGAGUCAUCAGCUGCAGUAGGCCAAGGUAUAAGGAAGUCGGAAGUAAAAAAGGUUGGGAGAAUACCAAGAAGUGCCGUGCGGUGCAAAGGAAGGUGUUUGGUGUGUUGUUGGUGCCGGGUGUAACAGCUGUAUAGGGGUGUGAGCAAAACAAAGCUGUAGCAC